AUGCUUGAUAGUAUCAAGCAGAAUCCCGUGGGAUGUGGCUGUCCACGAGGAAACUGCCCCCUUCGCCGCGAUAUAAGCUCCCCACCACCCAAUAACGAAUUCUACCUCCCACUUAGCGAUACAGAGCGCAUCAAAGCAGACCGUGUCUUGAAUCUGGAUUUGGGAGAGAAUCUUGUGGGAAAGUUGGAUGAUCGUUCUUGGAUCGCCGCAGUCGCAAAGGUGCACGAAAAUGGCCAAAUAGAGCUUCUCCAAGGACCUCCGGUAUUGCUCGUGACACAUCCGUUGAAUCUAGAGGACUACCGUUGGCUUGCGAAUUUGGAUCGAAUCCUCUAUGAACGAAUUUGGGAGAACUGGGGCUGGGAAUUCGUAGAACCGAGUCCUGGCGCCGACGACGACGCAGCAGAAACCGAAAUCGAAGACGAAAACGAACCCCCUGAGCACGCUGAAGAAGCUCAUGAUAACGGUGAAAGCCCUUCUGACAACAGUGAGACUGUUAAUAUCCUACAUAUUCAUGUUCCCUGGACCACUGAAUUGACUUCCAAGCACCUCAUGGUUUACUAGUAAGGAUUUCUUUCAUUUCUACCUUUUCAAAACAGCCCUGAAAAGUGACGUACUAAAAAAACGAAGUCUAGUACACCACGCGCUCCGAAUGGCCGAUUGCGAGUUCUGGAGCAGAAGCAGCGAAGCUAUUUACCGAGAACACUUCCCAUACGACACCACGCCGCGACUUCACCUCAUUACAACCAGAGUGUAUAACAUCGUCGAAAGACUCAAGGUUUCCGAUUUAGAUGCUGACAAUCAAGAGUGUCUUAUUUGCAAAGAGGAAUUUACAUUAGACGCAGAUGCUAUCGAUGAGUACCCGAUGGAUGGCCCCGAAUGUCCUUUUAGACUACCUUGUAACCACUGCUAUGGUCAUUCAUGCUUAUUGAAGUGGCUUAAUGUUGAGUAUGAGGACAACAAUCCUUUGAGAAUUCGGGUUUGUACUCUGUGCAACAAGGACUUUGAUGUUGUUCGUCCGUCGGUUCCGUGGGAGGAGCCAGGUGUGCCUGAAGUGAUUGUAGUGGACGCACCUGACCCACUUCAAGUCGAAGAUCCUGCUUUAGUUGAAUAUAUCAACAAGAAUGCUUCUCAUUGGUGGAUGACGUUGUUAAGAGGUGCUUAG